AUGCUCGCGCAGCUGCUGGACCAGGGCGACAAAGACCGCGCGUUCCUCAAUGUCAACUCUAACGAGGUCGUGCUCCUGGUCAACAACCUCGGCGGCGUCAGCGCCCUGGAACUGGGCGGCAUCACGGCAGAGGUCGCUUUGCAGUUGGAGGGCAGCUACGGCAUCCAUCCCGUCCGCAUCUUGAGCGGGACCUACAUGACCAGUCUCAACGGCCUGGGAUUCAGCAUUUCGCUGCUCAACAUCGUCAACACGGACAUCGGCGGGCCCAGCAUGAUUCAGCUCCUGGACUACCCCACCGAGGCCACGGGUUGGUCCUCCCCCGUCCUUAAGGAGACCUGGGAGGCCAAGAACGAGGCUACCAGGGAGGAGGAGGCGGACACCAGCCAGGCGACGAAGCCCAGCGACCUCAAGUACGAUGCCGCCGCCGCCACCAAGUCCAUCACGGCCGCCCUCCAAAGAGUCAUUGCCGCCGAGCCCGACAUCACCAAGUAUGACACUGUCGUCGGUGACGGCGACUGCGGUAUCGGUCUGAAGAGAGGAGCCGAAGCCAUCCUCAAGCACAUCUCCGAGAAGCCGCUGACCGGCGACGCCGUCGUUGACCUCGCCUCCGCAGUCCCCGUGGUCGAGAGCACCAUGGACGGCACCUCGGGCGCCCUCUACGCAAUCUUCCUCAACGCCCUCACCGGCGCCCUCCGCGGCCUCGCCCCGGGCGCUGCCGACCCCAAGGUCUGGGCCGCAGCCCUGAAGCAAAGCAGCGAGGCCAUGGCGCGAUACACCCCCGCGCGCCCGGGCGACCGUACCCUCGUCGACGCGCUGCACCCCUUCGUCGACGUGCUCGGGCAGACGGCCGACGUCAAGAAGGCCGCCGAGGCGGCGCGCGCCGGCGCCGAGAAGACAAAGGGCAUGAAGGCCAGCCUGGGCCGGACGGUGUACGUCGGCGGCUCGGGCUUCGAGCAGGUGCCCGACCCUGGCGCCUGGGGCCUGAGCUGCUUCUUCGCCGGGCUGGCGGGCAUCGAGGGCGAGGACGGCUGGGAGAAGCUUUGA